AUGACAUUUUUCACAGAGAAGAUGCUUAUCAAGUGGAUAACAGCAUGCAUCUCCUUCGUCCGUCAGCUUCAGACCGCAUCCCUUAAAAUUAAGGUACGAUAA